AUGAUGAAAAAUCAUAUAUCAUCGCCUAUAAAUUUGAAUAUGCAUCUUUAUAAACGACAACAAAACACAACUUCAACAAAUAAUACCACUUUCAUCAUAAUGAUGAUAGUCGUCGCAGCAAUACUUGGAUUAAUUUUAAUUUUUAUAAUUCUUUAUCGACAAAGAAGAAACCGAAGUCGUAUUUCAGACCCAAGACUGAAGCCUUUGCAACUUGUUCAAAACGAACCUUUAUUGAGACAAGGAAAAGACGGUAAUAAUAAAAGCGAUAAGUUUAAAAAGGAUAACCGUCAUAGUCAUCCGGCUACCAAGUCUACAGCCGCAACGGAAGUUAGAAAAUAUGAAGUGAGAUUAAGUAUGCCAGCGGAAUUGGCCAAACCUAUGAAAGAAUAUUAUCAAUUUGAACCAAAAGUGUAA